AGAGAUUCAGCGCUUUCACAGCACAUUGUCCGGAGGAACGCAGCUGUAGCCAGUAACCGUCAGUCAGUCACCACCUGUCACCAUGAAGAGAGCUGUUGUGUUCAUUUUUAUCGCCUGCUGCGCUGUCUCAGCGUUAUCACUGGCUGAAAAUGAAAAGAGGAGCAAACCUUCUGCAACCGUGUCCCCUGCGGGUGAGUUUGGGGCCACCUCCUUACCUCCAGCUCCCAUUCCCAAGUCUACAACUGUAACCCCCAAGACCACAGCUAAAACCACCCCCAAGUCUACAACUGUACCCCCCAAGACCACAGCUAAAACCACCCCCACGUCUACAACUGAACCCACCAAGCCUACGACUACACCCCCCCCCAAGCCUACGACUACACCCGUCCCCAAGCCUACGACUAAACCCGUCCCCAAGCCUACGACUACACCCGCCCCCAAGCCUACGACUAAACCCGUCCCCAAGCCUACGACUAAACCCGUCCCCAAGCCUACGACUAAACCCGUCCCCAAGCCUACGACAAAACCCGUCCCCAAGCCUACGACUAAACCCGUCCCCAAGCCUACGACUAAACCCACCCCCAAGCCUACAACUACACCCCCUAAACCUCAACCUACUCCUGCUGUCAACGUGACUAUGGGUACCUACAACCUGACACAAGACAACAAAGUUUGUCUUUUGGCUCAGAUGGGAUUGGAGAUCCGGCUGGCAACACCUAAGGCCAAUGGAUCCUUCAUCAUUCAGCCAAAAGACACAAAAGCAGAGGGAUUUUGUCACGCAACCAGGGCCAACCUUACCCUUGUGUUCAAGGAAGGUUAUAUCACCUUCAUGUUCAACAAGAGCACUGCUGAAAAUACUGCCUACAUUGAUGAUUUGUCUUUCAAACUGGACUACCCCUUAAGCAAAGAUCGUGCGGAUUACAGUGCCCAAAACAAGUCAGUGCAUCUCUUUGCUGCAAAGAUUGGACGCAGCUACUCCUGCAAAACUGAAUCCCUUUACAUGGGCGAUGGACUCCACCUGGAUUUCACCAAAGACAGGGUGCAGGGCUUCAAUGUGACUGCUAAUGAGUUUGGCGCAACUGACGCCUGUCCUGCUGACCAACCAGAUUACCGCGUUGCCAUUGCGGUGGGUGUGACAUUGCUGGUGCUCAUUGUCAUCGUGGUGAUUGCCUACCUGUUGGGCCGCAAGAAGAGGGCUGAUGGCUACCAGUCUCUGUAAGGUCACCCAGAGAUCACUCCCAUCAUAUACCAAUGUCAGUGAGGCUGUGAUCUUUCUCAGGGGCUAUAGGGCACUCCCACUGAAGCCUAACUCGUCUGUUAUGUCUUGGUUUAUCAACUUUACUUUAUUGACAGUGUUUUGACUAAAAAAUUCCUAUGUAUGGAGGCUUCAGCAUGCCACUGGAAUAGGCUUGCAAUGUUACAAUGUUUUAUUAUAAUCAAAAAGUAAGUUUGAAAAAGGUGAUCAAACAUUUUAUUGUUACUUUUUAUCUCAUUUUGUAAGUGCACCUUGCAUAUUCAAUCUCACAAUUAUGUGUCUCUGUAAUUCAAAGAUAGUAAUCAGUUAUCCAUCUAAUAGUUCAAUCCUAAAUCCCAGCUAUUAUGUGUUAUUAUGUGGAAUCUGGCCAAUCAGAGCACUCUCAGCUGCUCUAUUGGUUGGACUUACAUCUUUAAAUUAAAACUCAAAAUUAGUAAAUGAAUUUAAAAAAUGUAACACAAACUGGAAUGAUGAAUUGUGAGAUGAAGUAUAUUAGAUACAUAAGAAAGUAAGUAAAAAUGUUAAACUUAAAAAAAAAAAAGUUUUGUAUUUCAACCUUUUAUUUAUUCAGAGUUUAAAGACAGGUUAAAGAAAUAGAUUUUGUAAUUGUAUUCGUCUUUACUCUCAAGUGUUAGUUUGUAAUAGAUGUAUUAUUGUCAUUCCAGUGGCACACUUUAGACUCCAUACAUAUUGAAACACAUUGAAAAGCCAAUAUAAACCAUUUUUGAAACGUAUCAUGCCAAUAGCCAUUGAUGCUUUUGCUGACUUACAGUCUUUAAAUGUCCAUUUUCAUGUAUUCAAAGUUUCAGGCAUGUGCCCACUUGAAUGUCAUUCUUAUCAAGGUGGACAAGCCUCUGAAACAGUAUUUCUAUAUUUGCACAUGAAAAAAUGCCAAAUGCCAAUAAUGACACAUCAUAGAGACUGACAUUGUUAUGAGAUUCUUAUAGAAAAACUGACCAAAAUGUCUCAUUAGAAUCAGGUCGCAUUAUUCUUCCCCCAAAGACAGCCAGUGUAAGUGGUCAGUACUGCAUUAGAUGUGUAAUUUUAUAUUCUAGUAUAAUCAGUCUAACCCUACAUAAUACCCUCACUAAACUCUUGAGGUGAAAUAAACAGCAGUUGGAUUUUAUUAUCUUUUCUAUUAAAACUAUAUGCAGCUUUUUUCCACAAAUACAUCAUGAAUUUAAUUUGAAUUUUCCUUCAUUGUUAAAGCAUGUUGUUUUCAAUGUUGUUGUUUUGUUUUUUUAAGAAUCAAAUCAUCUCGUGCAUUCUGUCAACUUUUUAUUUUUACUGUUUCAGUAAAGAUGAGGAAAGCAGUCCAAUCACCAACUUUACUUGUAAUUAUGGAGGGUACCAAUUUACAUUAUUAAUCAGCACAAAGGGAAAUUAGGAGGAUGUUUUUAAGGGAUUAUAUUGCUACCUGUUCAAUAUUAAUUGCACUGAUUGCUUUUUUUUUUUUCGUACUAUAUGUAGCCGAUGCUGUGUAUUCAUAGAAAUGGGACAUACUGGUUAUGUGAGCCAGCCAUGAGUGGAGUCUGGACCUAAUUCGAUUUCUGAGGUUAUACAGUUAUUACAUCCCAGUAGUCUAUCCACCACCAAGCCUACUCUGUCACACUGUAGUGCCUUAUACCUGUAUAUGCUGAACUGACAAUGACAUACAGUAUAUCACAUGAUCCUCAUUGGCAGAGGAAGUCCUUAAAGUUUUCAGAAUAAAAUGAAACUGACAAUUCAACGACAACUGCAUCUGCUGAUGAAGAUCACUAGAAAUGGGAGAAUGGCAGUUUUUUUAUAAUCCUAAUUUCCAUCAUAAAGGGUCAGAGAUAAACACUCACCAACCACUUUAUUAGGUUCACCUGUGCAGUCUAAUUCAAUCCAAUACAACAGCUCUGCUAUAGAUUCUACUUUUAUUUAAGUUUAUACAUUUUCAGUUUUUGUUGACAUUGUCAAGAAGGUGAUAUCUACCUUAUGUUUCUUAUUGAGGUUGCAGUGGAUGCUGGUGGUGAUGUACUGGAUUGCAUCAUCUUAAAAAGCCCAUCACCACCACCAUCACUAUGACCUCAGUAAUAAACAUAUAGUAGAGUUACCACCUUCCUGACAAUGUCAGCUAAAACUGAAAUUGGGUUACAUUAGAUUGCACAGGUGUACCUAAUGAAAGUGAAGUGUGUUUUCUCCUUUACGUCUAGUGUUUUGAAGAUAUCUGCUUCUGAAGCGUCUGCUGCCACUUCAAUACAGUAUGUGUGAGUAGAGUUUAGUUUGUGCUUCUCAAAUCAGUGAAACUGAAGAGCUGCUUGUCUUUCUAGAAUCUUGAUUACUCGGCAAUCCACAGAUACCUACCUACAUAGCAACAUAGGGACUAUUUCUUCUGCAGAAAGUAGUUCUUAUAAGACCAUUUGGUGGAUUGUCCAGGGCAGGAAUGUCCAAACUAUUCCAUAAAGGGUUCAUGUAUCUGCAGGUUUUCAUUCCAACCAAGCAGGAGCACACCAGGCUUCACUCAUCUAAUCAACUGAGCUCAGUCUUCAGACAGUUGACUGGUCGAAUCAGGUGUGUUCUUGAUUGGUUGGGAUUAAAUCCUGAAGGCACGUGGCCCUUUAUGGACCUGAUCCAGAAUAACCAGGACAUUGUUUUUGGAAAGACAAGCUGAGUCUUCAAAAUAUCAUUUUUCGUUGAUGUGAGCAUCACAAACUACUCUGUUGUACUCGGGUAGCAGCAGAAACCUCAGGGUCAGAUAUCUUCAAACCUGGACAAAUAAGACACCAAUAAGGAAGUUUCAUGUGUGUGAACUGGCCCUUUAAGUUUACUGAAAAACAGGCCAGACUUCUCUUUAAUAAUACACAGUGUGGCAUGGCAGUAGUUUGGCUGUCUGGAUGUGAUGAUAUUAGUCAAAUGUAGGAUUUCAGCCUGUCUCAAUGAUUGUCAGCUUCUGUUGCAGCUAGAGAAGAGUGCACUUAAAAGACCCAUUGAACUCAUGAAGGAUCCCACCUGUUGCUCACAGCUAUACUUCCACAUUGUGUCCACCAGGUGACGCUGUGAUGUUUGGGAAGUCUAUAGAAAUGAGGGACCUCACUGUGUAUGUACAGUUAUCCACAGUGUGUGAGCACUUUUACCUGUUGUUAACCUCCUGUUCCAAUAAAGACUGAUAUAUUUCUAAA